AUGGAUGAUUCAAUCCUGGAAGAGAGAGAGGAUCUAAUGGUUUCACUUGUUGAUGAACAAGUAAAACCCAUUUUUAGAGUUGCUCAUUUUCUAAAACCAACUAUAUAUUCUGCUGAAAAGCUUCCAUUUUUACCUUCAAGAUCCAAGAUUUCUUGUUCUUCACUAAAGGUUCAGUUUAGGGGUGUUUUUUUAUACACGAAUGGAUGGUAUGAAUGGGUUGAUGAGUUAAAGCCAUUAUACGAAGAUAUAUGGAAAAAAGCUGGAAUCUUUGAGGCUAUUAUAGCUUCCACAUUUGAGAUUUAUAGGCACAAUGACUUGAUUCUUGCUCUUGCUGAGAGAUGGUGUUUGGAGACUAAUACAUUCAUUUUACCAUGGGGAGAAUCAACUAUUACUUUGGAGGAUAUGGUGGUUUUAGGUGGUUUCUCUGUUUUAGGCCAUUGUGUGUUGAAACCUGUUAAGACCAAAGAUUCAGCUGAAGUUGAAAAAACUCUUUGUAAGGCUCACAAAAUUAUUAGAGCAAGCAAAGGGAAUAUUGUUAGUCACCAUGACUGGAUGGAAUAUUUUGCAGGAAAAGGUGACCAUUUAGAGCAUGUUGCAUUUUUGACCCUUUGGUUGUCAAGGUAUGUGCUUCCUGCUAGAUGUUAUAGGAAUGUGCAACAAGCUCUUUUCCGUACUGCAAUUUAUCUUUCUCAAGGAAUUCCAAUAGCACUUGCCCCUGCUGUUCUUGCUAGUAUUUAUAGAGAUUUAAACUUGCUUAAAAGUUGA